CCUAAACUCCGUGAAGAUCUCACUCUCUCUCUCUCUCUCUCUCUAACAACGACGAUGAGUCCCUCGCUGGUUCAAAACGGCGGCGUUUCGUCUCCGGCGCCACGUGUCGCCUCCGUUUACAGCGAGGUCCAGGCCAGCCGUAUCGACCACGCGCUUCCUCUCCCCUCGGUGCUCAAAAAGCCGUUCAAGCUCAUCGACGGACCUGCCAGCUCCGCCGCCGGCAAUCCAGAGGAGAUCGCCAAGCUAUUUCCGAAUGUUUUCGGUCAGCCCUCUGCACAGUUGGUGGAAAGUGACUCUGGUUCGGCGCUGCCAAAUCAGAAGUUGAAGAUUGGUGUGGUGUUGUCUGGAGGCCAAGCACCUGGAGGCCACAAUGUGAUCUCUGGAAUUUUCGAUUACUUGCAAGAUCGUGCCCCGGGGAGCACAUUGUAUGGUUUCAGAGGGGGGCCUGCUGGUAUCAUGAAGGGAAAAUAUGUUGAACUUACACCGGAGUAUGUUUAUCCAUACAGAAAUCAGGGCGGUUUUGAUAUGAUUUGUAGUGGAAGAGACAAGAUUGAAACUCCAGAGCAGUUUAAGCAAGCACAAGAGACAGCUGUGAAGCUUGAUUUGGAUGGUCUUGUUGUUAUUGGUGGAGAUGACUCCAACACAAAUGCAUGUCUCCUUGCUGAAAACUUCAAGGGACUGAACUUGAAAACUCGGGUGAUAGGUUGCCCAAAAACUAUUGAUGGUGAUUUGAAAUGUAAAGAGGUCCCCACGAGUUUCGGGUUCGAUACAGCUUGCAAGAUAUAUUCAGAAAUGAUUGGCAAUGUCAUGAUAGAUGCCCGGUCAACUGGAAAGUAUUAUCAUUUUGUACGGCUUAUGGGGCGUGCAGCUUCACACAUUACAUUAGAGUGUGCUUUGCAAACUCAUCCAAAUAUCACAAUUAUUGGAGAAGAGGUUGCGGAAAAGAAGCAGACACUGAAAAAUGUUACAGACUACAUCGUAAACAUAAUCUUGAAGCGUGCUGAUUUUGGUUAUAACUACGGUGUUAUACUUAUUCCUGAAGGUCUUAUUGACUUCAUUCCUGAGGUGCAGGAGCUUAUUGCUGAAUUGAAUGAAAUUUUGGCCCAUGAUGUUGUAGAUGAAGAUGGGUUGUGGAAAAAGAAACUCACAAGUCAGUCUCUACAGCUUUUCGAAUUACUACCUGGAGCAAUCCAGGAGCAGUUGAUGCUCGAAAGAGAUCCUCAUGGAAAUGUUCAGGUUGCUAAGAUAGAAACAGAGAAGAUGCUUAUCCAAAUGGUUGAGGCUGACUUGGCAAAGAGGAAGCAGGAAGGUUCAUACCAUGGCCAUUUCCAAGGAAAAUCUCACUUUUUCGGGUAUGAAGGAAGAUGUGGUUUACCAACCAACUUUGAUGCCAACUACUGCUAUGCAUUGGGUUUUGGUGCUGGAGCUCUCCUUCAUGGUGGAAAGACUGGGUUGAUAUCUUCGGUUGGAAAUUUGGCUGCCCCUGUUGAAGAAUGGACAGUUGGUGGCACCGCAUUGACUUCAUUGAUGGAUGUGGAGAGGAGACACGGUAAGUUCAAGCCUGUGAUCAAGAAGGCAAUGGUAGAACUUGAAGCUGCUCCAUUCAAGAAAUUUGCAUCUCUAAGGAAUGAGUGGGCUAUCAAGAAUCGUUACAUCAGUCCUGGUCCCAUUCAAUUUUUCGGCCCAGCUUCCAAUUCCCUUAGUCACACACUAAUCUUGGAACUCGGACUCGAAGUUUAAGCCCAAAGGUGUUCUGAGCCCAUGCUGAUCCUGGGAAAACAUUUCAAUGCUUCAUUCUGCAUCUUCCUUUGCUUUUGAAGUAGAAUUUUGACAUUAAAAGAGGAUGUAUAAGAACGUUCGUCAUCAAAAUGUUGAUCUUGGCUGUGUCGGCCGAGCCUGUUUUCUCUUUCUCCCCUUAGAUUUACUUCGUUUCUCUUUAUUCACUUAUUUGUUCUCUUUGCUUGGUGGGUAUUAGAGGCCCACCCGUUGAGUUUAUGUGUAACCGAGUCUUAGCCCCAAGACAACUUGUGAGCUGCUGGAAAAUAAUAAGAUGCACAAUCAACUUCUUGCCUCCAUUUUCCUGAUU